AUGCCCGAGAGUUCGGAGGACGACGAACUAAGUGCACCGUUCUAUCUGGGCAAGAACAAGAAGGACCUUUUCACUCAACCGCCCUUCGACCAGCCCUUUUAUCGACCGCCCGAAUCGACCCAAGAACUCUUCAAACAUUUCGAUCAACAUUUAAUGCCCGAGGACAUGUUCGGCGAUCUUCCGAAAGCUGGUCAGGGUUUGCGACAGUUUUUUAGUGACUAUAAGAAGGUUUACUGAUGUUAUCAUAAUGUACUCUAAUAUAGAGUAUAAGUUAGAAAAAACAUCGUCAGCUGGCUUUCGUCAAAAAAAUAUUUAAAAAUUUACAAGCUAGAGUUAGUAUCUUACACUUUUCUUUCCUAUAUACUAAAUGUUUCAACUUCAGACACUGCCCGAUGUUACUCAUGCAUGUCCAAGUUCUACGAAGCCGUGUGGCCAGCUUUGUCGCAUGUGUACAAAAAGCCAAUGAACUUUACCGACAGUUGUAACGAGGAGAAGAUCGACAAGUCGAAAGUGCCUUACACCCCCUGCCCGACUAUUUGCGUGGCUAUGUCAGAGGAAGCGACAGUCGGAGGUAAGGCAUUUUACUAUUCCGAUUUUGAUGAGUUUUGAGCUUUAAAAAAUUCAAAAGUGAUCUUAUAUUUAUAAAAAUAAAAAGAUUUAAAAUUUGUAAAACAUUAAAAUGAAGUCUUGCGACCUUUAUUUUUUCUUCUUUAAAUCAUUUUACGUACACUUUGGCCGUUUUUUUAAGAUUUUGUAAUCUAGUAUACCCUAUAAAUUCAUUAUGAAAGUUUUGGUAACAUUUUGAUAGUUCGAUCAAGAAUUAUAAGCCCUGAAAUUUCACAAUACCCUCUAUAAAUGCGUCUUGCUCGUCCUUCUUCUUAUUUUCCGACGUUCGAGAGGGUGUCUUUUUAGUCGAGUGGUUUGUUUUCUGUUUGCGGGUUAGAACCAAGCGGGUUCGGAACUUACUGUCAUAAUUGGGGAAUCGACCGUUCCUUUAGGUCGCGACCUUGACGAAUGACAGAAAAGCGACGUGGAUCACACCUUUAUGGGCUUCAGAAUUCUGAUUUCCAUGUCAAAAUGUGAUCGUACAGACAUUUUAAAAUUAUUUUGAAAUUUAAAAAACGUUUCAAAGGUUUUUUUACAUGUUAUAGUAGGUUGAACAUUACAAAAAACACCUAAUUUUUGAAAGUUGAAGCUUUUUAACUAUUUUUACAUUUUUCUAUAUACUUUUUGACCGAAUAAGUAAUUAAAAUUUUUUAAAACCAAACUGAAAACUUAUUUUUAGGUAUGAAAAUCCGAGGUCACAUCCGAGGCUGUCUGGACGAUCUGCUACACAACGGCUUCAACCAGACGAUUGUGUCGUGGUACCGGUGGAUGCAUCGUGACUCGUGCAGAAUCUACCGGAAGCGAGAGUUGUUCAAGUUACCUCCGGAACAGUCGGACGAGUCUUCUAUUCAGGUGUGCACGUGCUACGCGGAUUACUGUAACUCCGCGAGCUCCUCGUACUGGCCACUGUUUUGGCUUCUAUUUCUUGCGAUUACUGUAACUUUAUUGCGUUGA